AAUCCUUAAAAUAGUUCUUUCGGGAAAUUUCAUACCUUGGUAUAAAAUGUUUGUCUAUAUAGUCUAUCUCUAUGAAAUAAUUCAUUGCGCACAGAAAGAUGGAUACGAUAAAUGUUGUCUCCAGAACAGAAACUUUUAGUACCUGUCAGCGUCCUUUGCCAUGUGGACAUUACUGUGGGGGCGUUGCUAACGAGGUGUCGUGUGCCCCCUGUAUGGUUAGGGGGUGCCAGGACCACAAUUAUCACGGAGAUGGUCAUUGUCCAGUCUGCACAGAACCAUGGACAUCAAAGCCUGUUAUUCAAAUUGUUUGUGGGCACGUGUUCCACUCCGAGUGUAUGCGACAGAUGCUGACAAAUCGUUGGCACGGAUCAAGGAUUACGUUUGGAUUUAUGUUGUGUCCAUUAUGCAAGAAUUCCUUAAGUCAUCCCGACCUGUAUGAAAUAAUGUCACCUUUGAUGCACCUGUACGAUAAAAUCAAGACCAAAGCACUCACCCGUCUUCAGCAUGACGGAUUGUUCCAAGACAAAGACAUCACCCAACCAUCAGGCAAAUAUUAUAAAGACCCGGCCGGGUUUGCAAUGGACAAAUACGCAUACUAUAUGUGUUCGAAGUGUCAGGAGCCGUACUUUGGUGGAGAGGGGCGUUGUCAAGACGAGGUUGAGGAGUCGGAUCCAAAAGAAUUGAUCUGUCCACUGUGUAGUGAUACCACCAAAAACAAAGUGUGUUCUCGUCACGGCUCUGACUACCUCCAGUAUAAAUGUCGUUAUUGCUGCUCCUUGGCCACAUAUCAUUGUUUCGGCACCACUCAUUUCUGUGACCCGUGUCACAGUAAUCACACAGUGGUUCACGGAAAACCCACAGCAAACCUACCCAAGUGUCCAUCUGGACCCUGUGGUAAACAACUUCCGGGUUCUUCCUGUCCCCUCGGUAUAGCGCACCCUCCCACCGGGGAAGAGUUCGUCAUUGGUUGUGCACUGUGUGUCAAUUCCAGCUCGUUUUAAUCAUUGUUAAUAAACUUUUAAACUAA